UCGCUGCACUUUCCCCCCCUUACCCUCGGUUCCUGGGUACUGGAGGCGGUCACCCCAGUGGGCUCACGCCCUGCGCUGCUCCUGCCCCGCGCACCCUCCCUCUGCCUUUCACUUCCCAGCUGCCAAGAUCUUGGAAGCUUUGAAACUCAACAAAGAAAGGAAGCCCAUUGAGAACAUUCUGUAAAGGCGGUGUCAAGAAGCAGUGUUCUGAUAACGGGACUUUGCCAGUCUUCUGCCUGAAGAUUCUUCCACUGGUAGGAACUGAAGCAGGCAAGAGAGAGAAGCAGUCAGCAAACUCUGUGUCCGAGUCCGGAGACGCGAGUGUGCUUGGGACCAGCAACCCCAGUGGACCAGGUAUCCUAGGACUAUCUGCCUGCCCAGAGUACCUAGAAAAGCUUUGAACAUCCUCUCAUCGAGCAUUCUGAGAUUUUGGGUAACAGUAACCCCAAAGGUUUUAACAUUCUGCUGAGUGUUUGGAAGAUAAAUAGUAGGAAGAAAAGUGAAAAAAGGGACUCCUGAGUGACUUUCUACAGACUUCAUCUGUGAGAAGAUGUCCUUCAGAUUUGGCCAACAUCUCAUCAAGCCCUCUGUGGUGUUUCUUAAAACAGAAUUGUCCUUUGCCCUUGUGAACAGGAAACCUGUUGUACCAGGACAUGUCCUUGUAUGUCCCCUUCGACCAGUGGACCGUUUCCAGGAUUUGCGUCCUGAUGAAGUGGCUGAUUUAUUUCAGGCAACCCAGAGAGUUGGCAUGGUGGUGGAAAAACAUUUCCAGGGCACAUCUCUCACUUUUUCCAUGCAGGAUGGUCCUGAAGCUGGACAGACUGUGAAGCAUGUUCAUGUCCACAUUCUUCCCAGGAAGGCUGGUGACUUUCGCAGGAAUGACAGCAUCUAUGAUGAGCUCCAGAAGCAUGACAAAGAGGAGGAGGACUCCCCAGCCUUGUGGAGAUCAGAGGAGGAGAUGGCAGCAGAAGCUGCAGCACUGAGGGCCUACUUCCAGUGAGGCAGGCAUGCAAGUAACUUGAACAAAUCCCAAGGCAUAAGGAAACAGGCCUCAUUCUUUAGGACUGCCACACUGGAAAUGAAGCUAAGCUGACUUUAUUAUACCCCACGAUUCUGCAACCUUUUGUGAAGCAUUUUAUUAUACUUGUGGAAGCUAUCAGGGUUAUGGUUCAAUCAUGAUGACUGACAGGCUAACUUCAAAGCACCAGCAUCUGCUGCCCUUGCACAACCCUUGCCUAUGUACUUAGAAUAAACCUGUUUCUAAAUUGUUCCUUGCCUGGAU